UCCAUUGAACCCACUUUUCUGAAAUAAAAAACCCCCCAACCUUCCCUUUCUUUUCUCUCCUGUCACUGUUUCUUCGCCUCCACUUCUCGCGACACCAGACCACGAAAACACACUUUCAACUACCACUCAUCUUCUUCUUUCUCCAAUUCUUAAUAAAUGAAAUGGAAAAUCAAAACAAAAGACCCUCAAAAAACAGAGGUUACUAUGUUAAAAUGAAACUCAUGCACAAACAUGGUAGACCUCAACAAGAAAAAAACUUCUUUAUUAAAUAUUACAAAUAUGUUCUUUGGCUUUCACUUUCUUUCUAUUUCUUCUCCUCUUACCUCAUCAACAACAACAACAUAAAACACCCCAAAACAACUACAACACAUAUCUCAAUAUCACUUUCUCAAUCCUUUUCAACCAACAAAACUAAAUCUCAUUUGAAAAAUCUUAAAUUGUUUAUCUACGAUCUUCCACCAAACUACAACACAAAUUGGCUUUCAAAUGAAAGAUGCAGCACUCAUUUAUUUGCUUCAGAAGUUGCUAUUCACAGAGCUUUAUUAACAAGUGAUGUUCGAACUUUUGACCCUUAUGAAGCUGAUUUCUUCUUCGUACCCGUUUACGUUUCGUGCAAUUUCAGCACCGUUAAUGGGUUCCCCGCGAUUGGUCACGCGCGUUCCUUACUUUCUUCAGCAGUGAAACUUAUUUCGUCGGAAUACCCUUUUUGGAACCGAAGCAGAGGUUCUGACCAUGUUUUCGUAGCAUCUCACGAUUUCGGUUCUUGUUUUCACACCCUCGAGGACGUGGCGAUGAAAGAUGGGGUACCUGAAAUUAUGAAGAAAUCGAUUGUGUUACAAACGUUUGGUGUUAAUUACGAUCAUCCGUGUCAGAAAGUUGAGCAUGUUGUGAUACCGCCGUAUGUUUCGCCGGAAAGUAUACGGAAUACGAUGGUUAAUUUUCCGGUGAACGGACGGCGAGAUAUUUGGGUUUUCUUCCGGGGGAAAAUGGAGGUUCAUCCUAAGAACGUUAGUGGAAGAUUUUACAGCAAGAAAGUGCGAACGGUGAUAUGGAAAAAGUUCAACGGUGACCGGAGAUUUUACUUACGGAGGCAUAGGUUUCCCGGUUACCAGUCAGAGAUUGCACGUUCAGUGUUUUGUUUAUGUCCUUUGGGGUGGGCCCCAUGGAGUCCAAGGCUUGUUGAAUCUGUUGCUUUGGGUUGCGUGCCGGUUAUUAUAGCCGAUGGUAUCCGGUUGCCGUUUUCAUCCGCCGUGAAGUGGUCGGAAAUAUCGGUCACGGUGGCGGAGAGGGAUGUCUGGAAUCUGGCGGAGAUUUUGGAACAAGUGGCGGCGACUAACCUGAGUGCCAUUCAAAGGAAGUUGUGGGACCCACAAACAAGAAAGGCCCUUCUUUUUAAUAGUAGGGUCCAGGAAGGUGAUGCCACGUGGCAGGUUCUUUUGUAUUUGAGUGAAAAGCUGGAUAGGUCUUAUAGGAGUUCAAGGGUUUCACGCCAAUUAGAUUUUGACACGUAAUGGGUUUGAGUUUAACAUUAUGUUGGUUCCACAACGUGGGGUUUGAGCAGUGACCACCUACACACGUAGAUUUCACGAACAUAUGAUGGGCCCUACUUUGAGUACAUGAAUGGUGACGUGGCUGAUAUUGAUUCGAUGGCCGUGCGGUUUGGAAGAGGAGAAAUGAAUUUAAUCUUGUGAUUUAUGUACAUGGACAUAGUUUUGAUUAAUCAUCAUGCAAAUCCAAAUGUUGAUGGAGGGUGGAUUUUGUAAAAUCAUUUUUGGUUGUAAAUAAAAAGAAAUAUAUAAUAAUAUAAAUAAUGAAAGGAAUAGUCAAUUUAUUGGAUUCUGGAUAAAAUUUAAUUGAUGUUAACUCGAAAACGGGUAAAGGUAGUGUGAGGUGGGUGAGAAAAGGUUUAGAAAAACGGAGAUAAAAGUGGGAAAGGGUUGAAGAGAAAUGAUGAAUGAGAAUGGAGAGAAAUAGAGGAAGAGGAGGGAAAUGUGGGAAGUGGGGGUGUCAGAAACUUUAUGAUGGUAGUAAUUUGAAUAGUGUAUUUGCAAUUGCAAAGUAAAUGGGGUGUCAGUGGUCACGGAUACGGUAUGGGGUUGUCAAAAUCAAUGCUUGGAAAAAUGGAAAGCAUCGAACCAUUGGCAUGGACUGUCUAUAUUGUUUCUAUUCAUGGGACUCAUUUCAUAUAUGUGUCCUGUUUUUCACUCUCUUUCUUCUUUCUUUACAUCUGCAUCAGAUAAUUACUAAACUAGUUUCACCUUCAUUAAUAGAACCAGGCUAAAUAUCAAAUCACUGAGGUUGAUCAUUGUUCGAGUAUGAGUAGUAGGUUUAGAUUUAAUUUUUUUUAUGUGUAUCUUUGCAGGUUAUGUGGUAUCUCUGUUUUUUA